AAUGCACCUCCUAAGUAUCCUUUCAUAAAAUACACUCCCGUGUUCCUAAGAAGGAUUGAUCAUUCAGGUGAAUUUUUUUCAAUCCAAAAACUAAGGAUGAAUGUGCUCUGGUUUUCUCUACUUGCUAUUUUAUGCAGGUUUGCUUCAAGUGCAGAUUGGUGCUAUCAGUCUCAAGUAUCUUGCAGCAAUCACUCAUGCAUAGGACCGGAUGACUGGGCAUCAGUAGCCACAGAGUGUGGAAAUACAAAACAGUCUCCCAUUAACAUUGUAACAAAGAAAACUGUCUUUGACAGUUAUCUAACCCCAGUGCAGUUUACAGGCUACCAAGAAACAAUCACUACUCUCAUUACAAACAACGGACACACAGUGCAAGUUAACCUGCCAGACAGAGCAGCAAUAAGUGGAGCCAAAUUAGAAGGCAGUUACAAAGCUCAGCAGCUUCACCUGCACUGGGGCAAGAACGGUGGACCUGGAUCAGAACAUACUAUAGAUGGAGAGAAAUAUCCUAUGGAGCUUCACAUCGUACAUAUAAAAGAAAAGUACAACUCUGUGGAACAGGCCAUUGUUGACCCAUCUGGAGUUGCUGUUCUUGGAUUUUUUUAUGAGGAGUCACAAAGUGCCAAUAAAAAAUAUGAUGGCAUCAUAAAAUCUCUGAAAAAUAUUACACAUCCUGGCACCAAUGUAACACUGGCAGAUGUAUCAUUAGACAUGCUCAUUCUUCCCCAUAAUGAAUCGGAGAGGUACUUCCGCUACCAGGGGUCCCUCACGACACCAGGCUGCUCUGAAGCUGUGGUCUGGACAAUAUUUGAGAAGGCUAUACCCCUCAGCAAGGAACAGCUUUCUGCAUUUUCAAACCUGAUGUUUUCUGACGGGACCGCCAUGGUGAACACAUACCGGCCCAUUCAGCUGCGGUAUGAACGUCAAGUGUCUUAUUCUAGAAGUUAUGUUUUUUGUGUUAGCACUGCUUUAUUGGUCAGCUCUGUUUUGACAUCCUUCUAUGUUCUCACUGUCUAAUUUAUAGUUAUGAAGCAAGUUAUUUAUCAUUCAUCAAUAAUUCAUGGCAAAUCAAACUUUAUAAUCAUUUAGCCACGUAUGGCUUCAAAAUGCAAAAUGUCUUGUAUGAAAGGCAGGCAGUCAAACAUAUGUACCCUCUCCACAUCCAACGUCUGAGGUUUUCUCAAAUUUCUCUAUCUGUACCUGAUGAAUAUUAAUUCUAUAAAAAUUACUGAUUGAACUGUUAAACUCUGUCCCAAAUUUUGCAUGCAACCGUUACUGUGCAAUAUUCCCUGUUACAAGAAUGUAGAAUGGUUGAUUUGUGGAAAGUAUAAAUUAACAAGCACAAAAUGACAUUGUAUAAAAUUAUAUAGCAUGUGGAGGACAUAAAGGAACAUGGUUGCACAUGUGAUAUUAUAAGACAAUACUUUAAGAACUGGUCUUGGUGAUUUUUAUAAUUCAAAUUACUGUAUUCUUGUUUUUCUGCAUUUGUAAAUGUUCAAUCCAAAUGAUAAAACAAUAAAAAUAAAUUUGAC